GCCCCGGGCCGGCCGGCCCUCCCGGUCCCGACAUGCUCUGCGCCUCCUGCCGCCUCCUAGCGGCCCGGGCUGCGACCACGCUGCCCGCCCCGCCCAGAGCCCGGGGCCCCGCGCUCCGCUGCAGUGGAGGGAGUUGCAUUUCCCGGGGUACCCCGAGCUACCUUCUUGUGACUCCUUGGCGGGGCGGCUGGUCAGACAGAGUGUGCCUCCGGGCCGGAGGGCGACCCGGAGGAGGGGGAAGAUGCCGCCGGCCACGGGCGGAGGCCUGGCAGAGUCCAAGCUGCGUCCCCGGAGGGGCCGCUGUGGGCCCCAGGCUGCUAGGGCCGCAUGCAGGGACGUGGCCGCUGAGGCUGUGGCGCGAAGCCCCAAACGGCCUGCCCGGGGCUCACGGCGCUUCGAGGCGGCCGGCUGGUGGGCUCUGCUGGCCUUGGUGACGCUGCUGUCCUUCGCCACCCGCUUCCACCGCUUGGAUGAGCCGCCGCACAUCUGUUGGGAUGAGACUCACUUCGGAAAAAUGGGAAGUUACUAUAUCAACCGUACAUUUUUCUUUGAUGUGCACCCACCCCUGGGAAAGAUGCUGAUAGGUCUUGCUGGCUACCUGAGUGGAUAUGAUGGUACCUUUUUGUUCCAGAAGCCUGGGGAUAAAUAUGAGCAUCACAGCUACAUGGGAAUGAGAGGAUUCUGUGCAUUCCUCGGCUCCUGGCUGGUCCCCUUUGCCUACCUCACUGUACUGGAUCUGUCCAAGUCCCUCUCAGCAGCACUGCUCACCGCUGCCCUCCUCACCUUUGACACGGGAUGCCUCACUCUGUCCCAGUACAUCCUCCUUGACCCCAUCCUGAUGUUCUUCAUCAUGGCUGCCAUGCUGAGCAUGGUUAAGUACAACUCCUGUGCCGACAGGCCCUUCUCUGCCCCCUGGUGGUUCUGGCUCAGCCUGACUGGCGUUAGUCUUGCUGGUGCUUUAGGGGUCAAGUUUGUUGGCCUCUUUAUCAUCCUUCAAGUGGGGCUGAACACCAUUGCAGACCUUUGGUACCUGUUCGGAGACCUCAGUCUUUCAUUGGUGACUGUGGGAAAACACCUGACUGCUCGUGUCCUGUGCCUCAUAGUGCUGCCCCUGGCUCUCUACACAGCCACCUUUGCUGUUCACUUCAUGGUGCUGAGUAAAAGUGGCCCUGGUGACGGUUUCUUCAGUUCUGCCUUCCAGGCCCGGCUCUCAGGGAACAACCUGCACAAUGCUUCCAUCCCUGAACACCUGGCCUACGGCUCUGUGAUCACUGUGAAGAACCUCCGGAUGGCCAUCGGCUAUCUGCACUCCCACAGGCACCUCUACCCCGAGGGCAUUGGUGCCCGUCAGCAGCAGGUCACCACCUAUUUGCACAAGGACUACAACAACCUGUGGAUUAUCAAGAAACAUAACACAAACUCAGAUCCCCUAGACCCUUCCUUCCCAGUGGAGUUUGUAAGACAUGGAGACAUUAUUCGACUAGAACACAAAGAAUGUCCAGUUAAAAAAAUCUGGCGAUGGGAGCAGAAAGAAACUUCCCGGAACUUGCACAGUCACUAUCAUGAGGCCCCCCUGACCCGGAAGCACUAUCAGGUCACCGGCUAUGGCAUAAAUGGAACAGGGGACUCAAAUGAUUUCUGGCGGAUUGAGGUCGUAAACAGAAAAUUUGGAAACCGGAUCAAAGUGCUGAGAAGUCGAAUUCGCUUCAUCCAUUUGGUCACAGGUUGUGUCCUGGGCUCCUCAGGAAAGGUUCUGCCCAAGUGGGGCUGGGAGCAGUUGGAAGUUACUUGCACCCCAUACCUGAAAGAAACCCUCAACUCCAUCUGGAAUGUGGAGGACCAUAUCAAUCCCAAGUUGCCAAACAUCAGCUUGGAUGUGCUGCAGCCCAGUUUUCCUGAGAUGUUGCUGGAAUCCCACAUGGUCAUGAUCCGGGGGAACAGUGGCCUCAAACCCAAGGACAAUGAGUUCACGUCCAAACCCUGGCACUGGCCUAUCAACUAUCAGGGCCUACGCUUCUCAGGGGUCAAUGACACAGAUUUCCGAGUCUAUCUGCUUGGCAACCCGGUGGUUUGGUGGCUGAAUCUGUUGAGCAUCACCCUCUACCUCCUCUCAGGGAGCAUCAUUGCUGUAGCCAUGCAGAGAGGGGCACGGCUGCCAGCGGAGGUUGCAGGUCCUGCUGCGAGGAGGCGGCCAGGUCCUGCUCGGCUGGACACUCCAUUACUUCCCGUUUUUCCUGAUGGGCCGGGUCCUCUACUUCCACCACUACUUCCCAGCCAUGCUCUUCUCAAGCAUGUUGACAGGCAUUCUGUGGGACACCCUCCUGCGGCUCUGUGCCUGGGGCUUGGCCUCGUGGCCCCUGGCCAGGGGCAUACACGUGGCGGGAAUCCUGAGCCUGCUCCUGGGAACCGCCUACAGCUUCUACCUCUUCCACCCUCUGGCUUACGGGAUGGUUGGUCCCCUGGCCCAGGACCCCCAAAGUCCAAUGGCAGGACUAAGGUGGCUGGACUCAUGGGACUUUUGAGGCUACUGCAAAGAUUCCAGCCUGGGUCCAGGAACUUCCCAGUAGAGCCAGCUGGGAAGCAGUACUGGACCCAUCCAGCCGUGAGGAAGCUGCCUAAGGAGCCCCAAGAAUUCUGCUGCCCACCAGGACCCAGCUCUGGGAGUGCAGCUGGAAUGGAACCCAGCAUUGGAGAGAGCCGGGAGAGAGCCGCAGCUCCAUCCACAGCACCACAGAGAGGACAGCACCUCUCGGGCUGCUCCCUUGUGCACAGCGCAGGGGAGGAUGGGUGCCAGAGGGUGGGAGUGGGUGCGCGUGUAUGUGAGGACACGUUGUCCAUAUCCCUGUGGAAUACAAGCUGUGUAACUGGACAGCUGAGUGUCAUAAACUCUAAAAUAGUCCAGGCUAUAGUAAUAUUUUCUGGUAUUUUUUUCGUGUUGGAUUUCUUUGGUUUUGGUUUGUAAGAUCCAUCAAAGAUUCUCAGACCCCUAAGAGGGCCUUGAGGGCAGAGAAUACUGACCUCACCUUGGGAUGUCACCAAAGGCAGAGCAGAUGGGACUGUCAAAGUCGUGCUGCCCUCCCUCCCACAAACAAAAUGAAUCCAGUGUGGAGGAAGGUGCGCCGCCCCUAGCUGGAGGGCCUGGCUCCCACCAGGCCAGGUAGCUGGACUUCCUGCCUGUGAUGCACACAGAGCAGCAGACUCCGGAGCGUCGGCCUGCCUUAGCCCUUGGUUCCUCGUUUUUUGGGAUUGUCACACUGUGAGACUCAGGGGAGGAACGAUGUCCUAUCCUAGGCUGCUCAGUGUUUCCAGGCCCCGUGUGCCAGAGGCCGGGUCUCUCCACGUGCAUCUGGCCUGGCCUGGAGGGCAAGGCAGAUGCAUUUUCCUGGCUGCUGGGAGAGCCCAUGGGAACCUUGCUUAGCGCCCAAGGUAGAUGAGAGACAGGGCAGGGAAUCUGCGUGGUGCUGGGGUGUGGGGACUCUGGCCUCUCCAGACUAAUGUUGCUGUCACCUGCUGAGCUUUCCCAGUGUCAUUUCUGCAGUCCUGCUCUGCUCACCCCUCCCUCACUCCAUGGACAGUUCCCUUUCUCUCUGUCACUGCUUCAGCAGUGAAGACCCAUGGCACCUAGAAAUGCAUGCCAGCUUCCUGCGUCUACCACUCUGCAGCUCGAACAAGAAGCUCAGAGCUGCCCCUUCCACUUCCUCCCCAAAAGGGAUGAAGAAAACCCCGUGGUAGAACCAAACCACCCAAGGCCAGCCCUUCAGCCUGCCUCUGCCUUCCUGGUGCAUGACAAAAUAUUUCUUUUGUCUCAGAGGACUUUGAUGCUUCAAGAUUUAAUGAUGAAUCUGUCACACUCCAUUUUCCCUCCUCUGAAGCUCCCAACAACUCUGACAGGGUCAGAUCUCUCUAAAGCAUCUUCAGGAGGCGGUUGCCACGGAGACUGGAUACUGGUCCCAGGGACAGGCUGUGCUACCUACUGGGUGGUGGGGGGGGAAGCUUCUGGCCAUGGUUGGACAUUCAGACCUACCAUCAUUAAUGUUAAUAGAGGAAAUGCAGCAACGUCAAAAGCAAGGCAGGUUGGUUAAUUAGAUCUGGGGCCCGAUGACCUCCCUUUCCCACCACUACAGCCCUUUUGACUUCCCCCAGCAGGAAGCGCUGUCUGUGCGGCUGAGUCUGGGCUGCUUGCUUAAUUGCAUUUCUGGCAGGGAAGGAGAGGAGGGAUGGAGAAGCUCUGCUCCCUGCUUCCACCUCACCAUGUGUUCUCCCCUCCCCUCCCUUCCUCUACUUUCCACAGGCAGAAUUGCUUUCUUCUGAGCCGGGUGGGCUCUCCUGCAGGGAGAAUGCAGGGGUCUGUGCUUGGCUCCUAGCAAAGCAGGCGGCCCACAGUAACCUCCAGGAGGUGGCUGAUUUUCCUUUGUGCCUUCUUAUUUCUCAGUAGGAACUUGGAAGGGAGGAGCUCUGAAGGAGCCAGAGGGGCAGCCAUCUUGCAUGAGGGUGAGGAAGGAGAAGCCCAGCCAGCCUCUACCCAUCCCUCCCUCCCAAUUAGGCUGCACUGGGGCCGAACGCUUCCCUGGGCUCCCACUGCCUUCUAAGGAGCCAAGGAGAAUUCCCUGCCCACUUUCUGUUCCUCCAUGCCCAAACUGGCAGAUGCUUCUCUGGGGGCAAGGCCACAUGGGCUUCUGCAGCUUUGAGUGCUCAGGUUCUGUUUUCUGGAAGAUGCUGGAGAAGGGCUGUCAGGGUGCUUCUCUGAAUAUGGGCUUUGAGUGCUCAGGUUCUGUUUUCUGGAAGGUGCUGGAGAAAGGCUGUCAGGGUGCUUCUCUGAAUAUGGGCUUCAGCUGUAGCACUUGGCAGAAACGUGAUGUGUCCCACAAACUGCUGGUGGAGGAAGAAGACAUUCGUCAACCAGUUCAACCUCCAGCCAGCUUCUUGAGCCUAUUUGGUUUGAAAAAAAAAAAAGUCUUCUAAUCAGAAGCCACUGAUUUUAUAAUAAAUAGCACUUGUUUUGAA